CACGAGACAGCAAGGCUACUAGUAUGUGGUAAUAGCACAACCAGUUCUCUUUGCACCAAUGCCUUCUUCACUUACACUUUCUGCAGAUUCAUCAUCAGUGGAGUAAGCGUCAGGAUCUUUGCGUGCGGGAAUGAUGAAUAUGUCGGAUUCAUCAGGAAAUCUGAAGCUGACUCUCCUGGUUAUGCUGUUUUGGCUUCUCAGAGAUAUUCUAUCAGUGGACAAGCUAUCCUGGACGUUGGGGGAGUUAUUCUCAUAAGAGUAAUCCAGGUUAAGUGGGCGGACCUUCGGAGAGGGCCUCCGAGGUGAUGGUACCCCUGUUUCCUCUGCCUCGAAGCUCUGUUGAGAGUACAAAAUGUCUUGAAGAGUGUCUUGCCUUACUUGUGCCUUGACUGUGUUGGUCUCGUUGCUCCGCUUCUUCCCUUCAAGGCAUCUGGGCUUCAUUCUGCUGAAAACUGCUUUGACAUAGCAACAGCUGCAGCUCUUUGAGCCCAUUUCUGCCAGUCUCUCAGAUGUAACUCCUGCCAAUUAGGAGCAACUAUGAAAACUCAGAUGUUACUGAAUUCAUAUUACGUCCAGGUGAUGAUGCUAAGAAUUCCUGUUCCAUGUUGUGUAUUGCCUUCUAUCGCCACUGCUCAUUUGAACUGGUGUACAUUAUACCUCAGUUGAACACCCUUGUUCAACUUCAGUGUCUAAGUUUGGUCCUAGCAACCUCACCAACGUCAUCUCCACUUGCCUCAUUGUUGCAUCUCUUCCCCCUUUGUACAUCUUACCUGAGGAUAGAGCUUGCCCUGCAUCAUUCGCAAGUUGAAUAGUGCAAUCAUUCGCAAGUUGAAUACUCCAAUCAGAGACAACAAAAUGGAGCUAAGUCCCAACCCUCUCAGGUCUCAGCUCCUCACCACUCAGCCAAUCGACUUUUUCGGGCAAUCGCUGGUCAUUUGACGCGCCUGAGCCUCGCGGCUGGGCUUCUCCGGUUGGCUGGACGCUGCUUAACCGGGAAAAUUGGUGGAGGUAUUCUUUGGCCAUUUCAAAAAGAACCUAGUCUGCCCGUUCAAAAAUAAAAUGCCCCCCAGUCUGCGAGGGCCCGCAGCCGAUGCCCCGGGCCCACCGAGCUAAUGCCCCGUGGACUAUCCGACCCGUCGGAUCGACUGGCAGACACAUCCAGAGCCGUCCAUUUCCACUCCUUCGCACACACAACAGCAGCAGAGGCGAAAGCGUCGCCCGAUUAUCAGACGAACGAAUCACGCACAGGAAGCCGAAGCGAACGUCCGACCAAGCGAAGCGAAUCAGAGUAUCAGACCAAGCGUCGGAGACGACGGGGAGAGGGCACGCCGCGGGAGGAGGAGAAUGGCGACAGGAGCAUUCGCUGCGGCGGCGCCUCAUCAACGCCUGGGGCCAGGGGCGGGCGGGGUGGUGGACGAGCAGCAGGCGGCGGGGGUGGGGAUCCUGCUGCAGAUAUCCAUGCUGGUGCUCUCGUUCGUGCUCGGCCACCUCCUCCGCCGCCGCAAGUUCUACUACCUUCCCGAGGCCAGCGCCUCCCUCCUAAUCGGGAUGGUUGUUGGAGCGUUUGCUAACAUAUCAAACACUCAGAAAAGUACUAGGAGAUGGUUCAAUUUUCGGGAGGACUUCUUCCUUCUUUUUUUACUUCCUCCAAUUAUAUUUCAGUCCGGAUUCAACUUAGCACCAAAACCAUUCUUUUCAAAUUUUGGUGCUAUCAUAACUUUCGCAAUCCUGGGAACCUUCAUUGCUUCCAUCGUUACAGGUCUUCUGGUCUACCUUGGUGGGUUAAUAUACAUCAUCUAUAGGUUGCCUCUGGUUGAAUGUAUGAUGUUUGGUGCUCUUGUGUCAGCAACAGAUCCUGUAACGGUGUUGUCUAUAUUUCAGGAACUUGGCACGGAUGUGAACCUCUAUGCUCUUGUUUUUGGAGAAUCGGUCCUAAAUGAUGCUGUGGCCAUAUCCUUGUACAGGACCAUGGCAUCUAUGAGGACAAAUUCUUCUGGACAGAAUUUUUUGCUUGUUAUCUUGAGGUUUCUUGAGAACUUUGUUGGUUCAAUGUCAUCAGGAAUUGGUGUUGGACUUAUUUCUGCUCUCCUCUUCAAGUAUGCAGAACUUGGCGUUGAGAACCUUCAUAAUCAUGAGAGCUGCUUAUUUGUGCUUUUCCCUUACUUCUCGUACAUGUUAGCUGAAGGCCUUGGCCUAUCUGGCAUUGUUUCUAUUCUCUUUACUGGGAUUGUGAUGAAGAGAUAUACAUUCUAUAACUUAUCAGAAGAUUCUCAGCGUUUUACUGCUCAUUUUUUCCAUUUGCUUUCAUCACUAGCAGAAGCCUUCAUAUUCAUAUACAUGGGGUUCGAUAUUGCAAUGGAACCCCAAAGCUGGUCUCAUAUUGGAUUCAUAUUUUUCUCAGUUGUCUUCAUAUUAAUUGCAAGGGCUGCAAAUGUCUUCUCUUGUGCAUACAUAUUAAAUUUGGCACGACCACCUCAUUCCCAAAUACCUAGGCAAUAUCAGCUGGCCCUCUGGUAUAGUGGACUUAGAGGAGCUAUGGCUUUUGCCCUUGCUCUUCAGUCAGUUCAUGAUCUUCCUGAAGGACACGGCGAGACAAUUUUCACUGCUACCACAUCUAUUGUUGUGCUAACUGUACUUCUGAUAGGAGGUUCAACUGGAACAAUGCUUGAAGCCCUACAAGUUGUCGGUGAUAGUAAUCGUUAUCGACACCCUUACGAGGAGAAUUUUGAUGGGAAUAAUGCUGCUUAUGAGGAAGGAACAUCUACUCCAAGCAAAUUCCAACUGAAACUCAGAGAUCUCCGGAGAAGCACUUCCUCUUUUGCUUUAUUGGACAGGAAUUAUCUCACUCCCAUUUUUACCUCUCAACAUGAUGACGAUGACGAUGAUGAUGACGAUGAUCCUAGUGAAGAGUUAAGCACACCUAGGGCCUAGAGAUUCCGGAGGUCAAUACUUAAUGAAUGCUCUGCAAACAUGAAGUGACCAGUUCUCGAUGGAUCUACAUGAAACAUCUCUCAGGAAUCGGUGAAGCUGCCAUUACAUGUUCAUAUUUCACGGAAAUUAGAGCAGUGUAUAGGGGCAUAGUUCUGCAUGUGUUAGUUAACAGCAUCUCACGCGGAAUUUACUUGUAUCCUGCUUCCUUUUGUGAGGACUGGCCAGGAUUGAAAUUUGGUUGUACUUCCGUUGGAAAAAAUAGUUAAGUACAGGGUGCAAUUGCCUUCUUUGAGGGUUCAUUGGAGUUGA